AUGUCAUCCGACUCCAACGCAACACUCCGCAUCGGGUCCAGAAGGAGCGACCUGGCCCGUCUGCAGACACUCAUGGUGGCAGACCGGCUUGAAGAAAUGGGUUAUGAGGUUGAAUGUGAGUACCAGGAGGCUCCUGGGGAUACCAACUUGAAGGACCCUCUGUGGAAGAUGCCCGAGACCGGAGUCUUCACUACCUUCCUAAGGCAGAAGCUGUUGGAGGGAAGCGUAGACCUAGUGGUCCACUCGUGGAAAGACCUUCCUCUGGCCGAGGAGGCUGGUACUACUGUAGCGGCUACCUUGCCCCGGGCUGACCCUCGAGACCUCAUCAUCAUCCGCAAAGACGCCGAAGCCGAAAUUCGUGCGAUGAACGGCAAGUUGAUUGUACUGUCGUCCUCUCCUCGGAGGCAGUGGAAUCUCCCAGCGUUCCUUCAGAGGGCGGUUCCUGGUGUUGAGACUGUCGAGUUCCGAGAUGUUCGCGGCAACAUCCAAACGCGGAUGCGUAAGCUGAUGGACCCAGCCCGACACAACGCCAGUCUCGGCCCUCGACCCCACGCCUUGGUCCUCGCUAAGGCUGCGGUGGAUCGCUUUGCUCAGAGCCAUCGAGAAGAGUUCCGGAAUAGUCGAGAGCUGGUUGAAGGGUACUUGUCCAAGUGUCACUGCAUGGUAUUGCCUUUAUCUGCUAACCCAACUGCUGCAGCUCAGGGAGCCUUGGGGGUUGAGGUCAGCACGGCGUCUGAGAAGGAGCAUGUUCGGAAGAUCGUCUCUAAGCUCAACGACGAGCAAACAUUCCAAGCCGCCUGGCGGGAGAAGGAGGUCCUCGGCGCGUAUGGUGGAGGAUGUCAUCAGAGGAUCGGGUGCACGGUCUUGCCGCGAUGGUACGGCAAAGUAGAGCACUUGAGGGGCCGAACAGAUGGAGGAGUAGACCUUUUGAGGAGCGAAAUCAUUCCUACCAACGCCAUUGAUGACAGUUUGCGAGUCGACCCCGGCGAGCAUCCACUGAAGGUUGGGGGUGCUGGAGGACUCUCACUUUUCACCCGUGAAGAGGAUACUACAGCAGGUGAACGCCUAUUGGAGGCCUUGAGGAGCGCUGGGGACGGGGUCGGAUUGUGGAUUGCCAAGUCUACUGCAUUACCCAAUGCCCCUGCGGACUUGGUAGAGGAUAUCAAUGCGAUGAACAUCCCUGUGUGGGUGGCAGGCAUCCCUUCGUGGCAGCAUCUUGCACAGAGGGGCCUUUGGUGUGUUGGGUGCACUGAUGGUCUUGGCGAGAUCGAGGAUCCUGACUUGAAGAAGAGCAUCGCUCCGUCGCUGAGGAAGUGGAUCAAACUCACUCAUACCAAGGCGGCUGAGGAGCAAGGAGAUGGUCAUUUCAACACGGCUCCUGAUUGCGAGGUGGAACAACUUGGGACCUAUACGUUGGUUUCGAAGUAUGAACCUCGGAGCUGUCCAGAGCAGUUGAAGUCCGCUACCUAUAUCUUCUGGGGGAGUGGUUCGGCCUUUACGGAGGCUCGUAGGUUGCUCCCGGACCUCCUCGACAAGGUGCUGGUCCACGGGACUGGGCCUGGACAUACGUUGGAGACACUCUUAGCUGCUGGCGUGCCGAGAGAGCGCAUUGUUGUUUGCCUCAACUACGAUGAGUUUGAGAGGCGAAUUCACCGUGAUUGAUAAGUCGACCACAAAGAGCAUUAAGCUCGAGUUACCGCAUACAGCGGAUAUAUUACUUCUAUUCAAGAGUUUCUUCGCUGCUGUUAUUAACAACAAGUAGACAAGUUUACGGUUGUGAAACUGAAGUUGAGCGUGUCAAUGCCAAUCAAUAUAAUGGCUCCGGGAGAAACACCAUCAAUUGCGGUGCACGCACGUACACAGAACUGCACGCACGAACAAGGCAGAACUGGGCUCGUCAAUUCUCGAUAUGUGCAGCC